CUGCCCUACAAACCUACGCUAGAUUCAUCUCGUAUACAAUAAACUCUUCUUUGUGCGUCUCUUUACGGCCUCCUACAAGCGCUUUGUAGAAUCAAUAUGCUCCAGCUUCACGGGAUCGACGUCUGGAUACAGUCCGGGAAUGAAGACCUUCCAAUGUACCAGGAAGAGGUGGAAGGACUUGGGUCGAUAUCAGCUUAUAUUGCCAGUCAUGAGGGAAAGCAAUUCAAGGUCGCACAACGCAACAACACCGCUGACGACUUCAGCUACCAAAUCUUGUUAGAUGGACAUAAAGUCGGUUCAUGGCUAUCUCGAAGAGGCUGUCAUGGGACAGUGGAGGGAAUGCAUGUCAAGGAGGAUGUCGUAAGACCUUUCGAGUUCGCAACACUUCAGAUCACAGACGAGGAAGAUAUUGGUCUCUUACGUCCUGACGUCUCCAAGCUGGGCGUCAUAGAAAUUCAGUUCUUUCGGGUCGUAAUCACCGGCACGAAUCUCGACCCUAUGAUAUUUCACAGCGCAUUCUCGACGGAGGCUGUCUCAGAAAAAGCUAAGAAGGUUGGGUGGCACCGUACAUCGCUCGCACCAGAGAAGAAGGUUCAGACGCAACCACGCAUGCGCGCUGAAUACCUAGACCACGUACCUUAUAUCACAUUCAGCAUACGGUAUCAACCUGAAGACCUUCUGAAAGCACACGGUAUAAUGCCAAUGCCGCCUCCUCGACCUGUCAAUACUACGAUACCGCCGACCACAUCCAGCGGUAACAAGCGACCGCGGUCGCCCAAUGCUGGUCCAAGUGGCGAACGGCGAGAUAAUCGCCAGAAUGGUUCCAACCUGUCUACGUCGGGACCUUCGAGUCCUCCAAAGGUUGCGAAGCCAGAACCGCAAGAUGACGACGUCCUGGAGAUCGGCGACGACUCUGAUGACGAAGAGAUUCAGCGUAUAAAGGCCGAACUAGCGAAGGCACGGAGGAAGAAACAAAGGAAGGACAUUGUCAAGUCAGAACGAGCACAUUCGCCCAUCGUAAUCGGUGAUGCAGGCGAUGUGAUAGACCUCACCUUGGACUAGUAUUUGCUAUUGUCCCAUCUGUCUUUUCUUCGCCGUCCUCUUCCGUUUUGCACUGCUUACUGUCUAUGUAUCUUUCUUGUUCGGCACCCCCCUGUGUUGCUUCUGUGCUUAUGAUGGACACUGGAAUCCCUGUCAUUCAUCUUCUCAGUUCAUCUGUUUUGCGUAUAUCGACUCUCUAGCAUAUCUCUACCCUAUCCUGCGACAUAAUCAAUCGUCUCGGUUCCCCCCUGAAAUGUACUUGUUGUCGCGUUCAUUUUAGCUAUGACUUAUUAUCGUAAUUACUGAAUAACCGCCUUUGUUGUCACUUGCCUUGCUCUUCCAACGCAACUUUAUAUUUUUGCUUCCGAAACACCGC